UGGAUAUACGUAGGUCGGUGGGUGGGCGGUGCAACGAAAGAAGCGUCUCGGAGUCGCGGAGAGUCCGGCGAGGAUCGGCGAAGGUCGGGAACGCGAUUGACGGUGAUGAGGCGCGGUGGAAACGGCCGAGCAACCGCGACGAGGUAGCCCAGCUUGGCUACGUCUCUCGACGUGUCUCCUCGAUGUCGCCUCGGUAGAGGUGGCGAAGACGCGACAGGCCAAUGGAGACGGAUAGAUACGCGGCUCGGGCCCUCGUACGCUCCUCUCCGAGAUGAAGCAUCCGGCUGACAGAGGUUCUCAAAUCGGGAGCGCCGUUCGAAAACUGCAAGAGAGGCAAUGGCUCGAUUGAGAGGGAUGUAAAGACUUGCUGUGACGUGUGGCAAGUCGUGUCAAAGGCCUGGAUCCUUGUCCUCCUCGUCCUGGUUCGUAGAAAGGCUAUAAAACAUGCCUGGACCAUCGACGCAAGAGAGACCCCGUGCGCAUCGGCUCACAGACAUCGAGUCUCAGGCAGCAAAGGGUCUGGGUGGUAAUCGGACGGACGAUUUCAGCACACCUGUUAGCUCUGGCAGCAAUAUGAGUGGUAUCGCGCGCUUUCCAAAACUCGACGAGUGCGCUCACUUUCAUUACGAGCAUGUCGAGCUCGGCACUUUGGAGGUAUCCAUCAACGAAGGGCCCACAAACGAUUCUGAGAGUUACGCCGUUCGAAUAACGUCCGGAGACGCGUGCUGGACGUUACAGAGAUCUUACGACAACUUCGUCAUGUUCGAUAAACAACUGCAUCGCUGCAUAUUCGAUAGAAAAUUCUCCUCCUUAACGAAGCUUCCAGAUGUUCGGCCAAAAAAUGCCUGUGAUAUACUGAAGGAUUACUUGAGCCGGUUCUCGCAAUUGAAUCACGAGGGUCUAAACUGUGGUCCAGUGUUGAAUUGGUUGCAACUCGAUAAUCGAGGGAGAAGAAUCCUGGUACCCGAGUCGGAUUCUUGUCCUAUAAAUACCCCGGCUGUCGCCGCGGCAUACGCCGUGAGGCCUUACGUCGCUCAGGCGCAAGAUGAAAUCUCCUUCCAGGUAGGCGAUAUGAUAUCCGUCAUAGACAUGCCUCCGGCGGGAGAAAGUACGUGGUGGCGCGGGAAGCAUGGGUUUGCGGUUGGAUUUUUUCCAGCCGAGUGCGUUGCCGUAAUCGGUGACAAGGUACCGCGUCAUCUGACAGUUUCCACGACAGUCAGAUCGAAAUUACCUGUAAAGCCUGUGCUGCGAAAACACGGCAAAUUGAUCGCCUUCUUCAGAUCUUUCAUAUUGAAUCGACCCUCGAGGAGAAGAUUGAAACAAUCGGGCAUACUGCGGGAGCGUGUAUUCGGUUGUGACUUGGGGGAACAUUUGCUAAACUCUGGUCAAGAUGUGCCUACCGUUUUGACAUGCUGCGCGGAAUUUAUAGAGAAACAUGGUCUGGUCGAUGGUAUAUAUCGUCUCAGCGGCGUCACGUCCAACAUUCAAAAAUUGCGGAACGCUUUCGAUGAAGAUCGGGUUCCGGCAUUGCAUUCCGACGAGAGUAUUCUGCAAGAUAUUCAUUCGGUGGCAUCGUUGUUAAAGAUGUACUUCAGAGAGCUGCCAAAUCCACUGUGCACCUAUCAGCUUUACUCCACUUUCGUUAACGCGGUUCAAGCUAGCAGCGACGCUGAAAGAUUGAGACGUAUGAGAGAUGCAGUUAGAAAGUUACCGCCACCUCAUUACAGGACACUAGAAUAUCUCAUGCGUCAUUUGGUAAGAGUAGCAGCGCGAGGCACGGAAACAGGUAUGACGCCGCGCAACGUGGCCAUUGUUUGGGCACCGAAUCUUUUGAGAUGCAAGGAACUGGAAGUGGGUGGCGUAGCGGCGCUUCAAGGUGUCGGUGUCCAGGCGGUCGUGACGGAAUUUCUAGUCUGCUAUGCGGAGCUCAUAUUCGGGGAUGGUCCUGUCGGCAGACCAAAGUCAUUGGCAAUCACCACGUCCGCGCGAUUGCUCACUUUGGAGGAAGCGCGCAAUAGAAGCCUCAGAGGUGAACCCGAUUAUAUAGAAGUAGGAGCUGGACCGGCCGGCUUACCGUUGCGCUAUCACACGGUCAUAGAAUUGCCUCGCAAGAGGAAUGGUUCAAAGCGUUCACCUUCGCUAAAUUGGAGGGCAUUGUUCGGCAGAGGGGCUGUGGGGAAAACGAGACAGAUCGGUACGCCGCCACAAGUAGAAACAGUGCCAAGUUCCUUAAAUUCCCUGCGACGGCUGAGACCGGUCAAGAGCGCCGACAGUUUGGACGGAGAGGAUGGUUUGGGUCCUCUCUUGGGGGGACCGCCUCCUACCAGACCCUGUGGUCACAGUCGAUCCGUUUCACAUGAUUCGUACUUUGAUCAUUUAGCGGACGCGCCGAGUGCGCCCUCACCAUUAGAUCUCUCAGAGAUACAACUCAAUUUCGAUUUAGAAGAGCGAGAAAUGAGGAUGCUUUCGGAAGAGGAAGGUGGCGGAGUGGCAUCGGUGGAGGCGUCACCGCGUCGGCAAAGAAACGAGAGUAAUCAGUGCGUCGCUCCUACUGGCGGAUCCAAGAGAAAACGAUCUCGUUUGGAAGAAAGAUUGCACUGUGACGUCGAGUUGCGUUUCAUAGAUAGCCAAAGUCCCGAUCAGGUUAUGGUAGCGACGAACGCAGAUAUACACAGCAUCGAUUCACCAUCUCCGUUACCAACGCCAGGUUAUUUGCCGUUACUUUCGGAAGCCUCUACACCGUUAACACCCGCUACGUUGCAGGGCACAUCUCACUCUACGUCGCCAAUAGCCAAUAGUCCUAGAAUAAGUUUUCGAAGUUUCACCCUGCCAUUAGAGAUCGGCGAUGAGCGCGAUAGCAGCAAUGCGAAUAAGUUGAAGGAAGCUGGCGUGUCAUCUUCAGAAAAACUAUCCGACUCUAGCCAUAGAUUAUCGAUAAAUCUAGACGACCAGAAUAGAGGAUUAAGAUCAUGCGAGAGGACUAGUGAUGGGCGCAUAGAAUUGCGUGAUAGAAACGUAACCAUGUCGCAUUCGGAUGUUGAAAAUCAAGCUGCGAACCAGUCAAGUGCGGUUGCUUCGAUUUUUAACAACACCAUAGAGAUGACGCCAUGUAACAGGUUGUCCUCUCUGUGCGAAGAAAGGAAAUCUAGCGGAGUUACUGUAUCUCGCAAGGACGCGACAGGUGGAUCGAGUUCGCUUGAUUCCGUGAAAAUAUCAUCCAAGUCGUACGACGAGAAAGCGAGCGCAACAAAGGAACGCGACAAAACUACCGAUUCCUCGGAUAAUCUUACUGCUGUAGUCAAUUUGUCGAGAUUGUCAUCGUCCAAUACGACUGAUUUCGAUUCUAUGAUGUCGUGCGAACAAACUCUGCAGGAACUUCAAGAAUCUGGAUUUGUAAUCUGUGACAAUUCUGACAAAGCGUUCACCAAUACGGAAAAUCCGCGCGUGGCGAGCAACAGCAACGAUUCUGGCGACUGGGUAAUCAUUGGAAGAACAACGACCGGUUCCCUCGCAACGCCAAUCAGCGAAUCGACUAGUCCCAAUGAUCCCUUUUCGGAAGGUGGCGCAAACCCGACGACGUCUCCGGAAAACGACUCCGAAACAUUGUUGGAACUUACGUUAACCUCAACCGCCGAUACAUUCUGCAUCGGAAUUGAUGACACGAAAUCAGAAAGUCAUACAUCAGUCGUACAAGAGAGCGAGAGGAUGAUACUCGAUGUUGCAGAUACAAAAAAAUACACGAAGAAUCACAAAUAUGAGCGGGAAGAUUGUGCAAACGAUCCGCAAACGAGUUUUGAUCUCGUAAACGAGAGCAAUCUCGCAGAUGAUUCCCAUUCCCGAUUGCGUGAUCGAGAGAACGGUAAUCGUUACUCGUGCACGAUGGCGGACAUUGACUCGAAUCAAGAGUCUAACGCGAGGGAGCAGCAACAGCAGGUUCGCGCGUGUUACAUCGAAGCUGAUAACGCGAACGUAUUUGGUACGAAUCGGAACGAUGUGAGCGACGAAGAAAAGGAAACGCUUAGAGAGACGGAAACUUUUGAAAACUAUCACCAUCUAUCGAGAGAUACAAGCGCACAGUAUUCGCUACACGCCAUAAAUCGCCCAAAAUUUCCGGAUAAAUCCGAGGACGAUCGGAAGAGGAACACGGUUUCCAUGACACAGGACGAUCGUGACAACGACCACUGUUCAAACGAACUGUCAAACAAGUGCCAAAGUUUCGGAUACAAUAAUACACAAAAACAGCAGACUAAUACGCAACAAGUACGUAAAUGCUCUUCCAAACGUAGCGACGAGGGUCACAAGUGCGUAGCCAAUUUGCAGACUAAUCAAAUGCAGGAUAACGUCGAGAUGAGAAUCCCCUCGGAGAACGCGGCCGAGCCCUGCGAGGUCGCGCACGCGCCGGAAGGCGCGUCCGAACUGAUGGAAAGGACAUUGGACACUCCGAGUACGUCACCGACCGCCGAUGACACGGUGGUUUUACGAGAUACCGCGGCCAUUUUGCAGGAACUAGCUCUGCAAAGAUUAUCCGGAAGCGCCGCGCUGGGAAACGCAUCCGCGAGAAGAAGGUACGAGAGCGAGACUGCCAGAGAUCGCAGGAGCUUCGACUCGGAAAUUGGCCGUGAGAUUGUCAGGGAGAGAAGGAUGAGGCAGGAACUGGACUGCGCGAGAGGCAAAUCCGAGGAGCCGUCGCAACAUCUGCCACCCUGUUUGCGGGCGCGUCACGCGAGAGCGACCCGCGCGGCGCUGAGCCGAUCCUUGGACGAGGCCAAAUUCCAUCGGAUGACGGGAGAGAUCCCGACGUUAUCGGUGAAGCAGACAUCCGAGGACACGCAGCAUUGCUCCACGCCCAAUGUCGGCGGUAGCGGCAGCGGCGUUAGCGUCUCCGAGAAGAUUCAACUGAGGAACCUCGGCGGCCUUGAUCUGGGCGACCCGCAAUGCAGAGAGAGAAUCGAAAAGUACAAAGAGGAGAGGAGGAUGUUCUUGAGGGAUAAGUAUCGAUCGGAGAGCUUCCGCGGGAUUUCGUCCAAGGCGGCAGAGGACGACAGCGAGCAGGCGCUUUUAACCAGGUUGAAACAGAGAGCUUCGAGACCUUCUCUUCAUUGAUAAAGUUCUUCAAUUUUGCUCUCUAAAGUAGUAUAAAUAAGUUCCGGAGCAAAAAGUUAAUAUGUGAGAAAAAUGCAAUAUUCAUUAUCUACCUGCAUUUUAGGAAAGUGCAAAUUACAUAGAGAACGGCUACUGGAAUUACUCAACUCUGCGAUCAAAUUCUACAAUAUUUCUCCGAAUUGUUGCAUCAAUUGUUUUCCAAAGCAGCGAAUAUACAGGGCAACUAAUUAGAACGGAACAUCGAACAAAUAUAUAGUUAAACGAUAAUAUAUAAUAGAGAUAUAAUUUCGCGUAUUUACCUUAAAAAUUCCACAACUCGUAUAUUUUUAUUGAAUUUAUAUCCAAUAUGUAAGAUUCACGCUAAAACUUAUUUGUACUACUCAUGAAUGCGAAUGUUGUUUCCGCUUUCGUCGCGAGCCAAUCGAAUCGCUUUCACUUGUAUCUCAUCGGUGCGAAUGAUAUAUCGGCGGUGAAUUACGACGAGGAUGAUGAAAUAUAAGUUACUUGAGGAUCCAUGAGACUCGUCUUCGCCUUUGUUAGCUGAAUUGUGUGGACGCUUUUAAAGCUGAUAAUUUAUUACAAACUCAAAGAUAUUGACCUUUAUUAUUGUUAGAAGUUUUAAUAACGGUUCUCUGUAAUUAUUAUUAUUAUUAUUAUUAUUAUUCUCUUUGAUUUUUUAUAUUUACUUGUAUUCUUUGUACUGUUAUGCUAGAGCGAACGUAUAAUUGGACUGCUUACUGUAUGUACCAGAGUCAACAAUUUUGCGUAGGCUUUUAUGACGUCAAUAUGCGGAAUGUUAGACUCACCUGUUGCUUUUAUAUAUUGCAGAAAAGAUAUAGCAAAAAGUAUAUUUUUUUAUAGAAAAAAUAGGGACAAUGUAUAUCUCCUAGAAUUAGUUAGUAGUAUAUUUUUAGAACUUUCAGUUUUUUUUUUUUUUUAUAAGAAAAGUUUAUGGAAUAUAAAAUUUAAUUCACGUUAUCUAUUUCAUAUAAUUUACGAAGUAAUUGUGUUAUUCCAUCGGAGAAUAAUUAUUGAUGGGAAAAUUCGUGAAGAUCUCUGGUACAUACAUGAGAUUUCAAACGAAUUUACGCGCUUACGACGCUUAUAUAAAUAGAACGUUUCAUUCGUCAAUGUUAUCUCCUAAUUAUGGACUGGUCCAUAGUGAUAUCUGUUUUUUUUUCUUUUUUUUUUUUUAAAUAUGUUAAUAUUUUUUUCUCGGUUAAUUAAUAUGUACAACAUGUUCGUGUAAUGAAAGCGCGCUUAUUGAUGAAAGGCUUGCUUAAAAUCAAGAUUACUAUCGAGACUAAGCAGUUCUCUUAAAAAUAAGUGCUUAUUCUAAAGAGAGCGUAUCGCGCGCCGUUGUAUGUGGCCUCGCGUUUUAUUAUUACUAUUAUUUUUAUUAUUAUUAAGUUUCAAUCACUAAGUAGUUUUGCGUUUAGCUACCUCAUCAUUCAUCUUACCGCUAUUACGGACGAAAAUGUGACGCCGCGCGACGCUCAGUUACAUUUUACAGCUGUAUUUAUCUUUAAUCCGGCGGAUUUAAUUGUCUCCUCUCCUCCCCCCGCCCUUCUUAAAAAGAGAACAAAUAUUUUCUUUUUUUUUUUUACAUAAAGACGUUACGCGAGUGCGUUUCUUUAGGUGACGGUUUGAGAAAAUCGUCUUUUGAUAAGACUGGGGCAGCAAUUUUUAUUCGAGUAUGAUUUCAGCCGUGCUCUAUUGCUCUUAUUGCCGAGAUGUAUUGCGAACAAAACCGCAUAUUCUAAUCUCUGAUCUCUCGCAGAUACUCGUGGCAUUUAUGAUAGAUUAGAUAAAUCGUGAAAUUGUUACUUCGCGCGAGGAUGUUGAAAUUUUCUUGCGAGCGUAUGACGAAGAGAGAGAGAAAAAAAAAGCGCCGUUAUAUAUACAUAUAUAUAUUGUUGAAAUCGUGAAUUUUCUCGUGUAUAUCGACGAUGUUCCCGCCGAGAGAGAUUUUAUUCGAUGUACCUUUAAUUUUGUUUUUCAGCGGCGAUAACCAGAUGUAUCAACUAACCGAUUAUAUUUCGAGACACCUCCCAUGCAUGCUCGUGUAUAUCGGCUUGGCUUGAAUGUUUCUCGGUCGAAUGUAUACUUUUGUCGCGAGGGAUCGAUGCCUAAGAACGGCAUGCAAGCACAUACAUACGUAGUAGCGCGUAUAUUUCCGACAUUUAAUUAUUAAUGCAUAAAAUAUAUAUAUAUAUACAUACUUAGAGAUUUUUCGAUAGCGUCUCUCUUUCCUGGAUAUCCUUUACCGGAUGUAGUUUAAUGGCCUAACUCUAUACAGAGGUAUCGUAGACAACGCCCUUACAAAACCCCCUUACAAGGUACCUAACGACGGAGAGAUAUACUUGUGUGCACAAUAUUGACGCGCAACAAUAAUACAUCCGCGAGCGAUGUGUAUUUUUAAUAAGUUGAGAUUCUUGCGGUUUUUUCGCGAAAUGUAGUCGUAGAGAUUCGUUAGGAUCUAUUAUUGAUGGCGCGAAACAAGAGAGAGAGAGAGAGAGAGAGAGAGAAAUGAUACGAGAUAUAUAAACGUUCUAAGCCAUUGCAAGUAAAGUUCUCUAUAAAAAAAGAAACCGA